AUGCCUUGUCGGUUUGUUCUGGCAGCUGGGGCCGACAAGUUUGAGUGCGACAGCGAGCUGCGAAAGGAGAUGAUGGCAAUCUGGCCAACCCUCUCUCAGAAGACGCUGGACAUCCUGGUGCCACCGCACAGAGCCGUCGACCUCACGGUGGGCAAGGUGUACGCGGCCAUGAUGAUCUACAACUACUACAAGAGCAACAAGAACAAGAAGAUGCAGCUCCAGCAGGCCGCCGCCAUGCAGCAGAACCGCACGCUCUUCCAGAGGCUGGGAGGACCGGGAGUGCCCGGCGGUGCCGGGAGUGCCGUGGGAGCGGUGGGGGCGGUCGUGGCUGUGGUGGCUGCUGGGAGCGUCGGGGGUGCCGGAGGUCCCUGGGGGGCGGGGGGCGACCCAAGGGGCCCGAUGGGAACCAGCGGCCCGGGAGGACAGCUCAUGGACAUGCCGCCCCCCGGCCGGCCGGAGGACCUGCAGCUUGGACAGCCGCUCCUGGGCGAACCUAAUCGCUGCGGGGACCUACGGGCGUCUCCGUCGUGGGUGACUCAGCGGGCGCAGGAGAUGGUGCAGCGCACGCGGCAGCGCCGGGCUGGCGAGCGGGGCUGGUCUGACGAGCAGCCGGACGCACGGCCGCCCUCCCAGUUGGAAAUGCGGGACAUGGUGCACCCUGGGUAUUACGACCCAGAGGCACAGAUGGCAUUGGAGAGUUACGGGCGCACGACGUCAUUACCCAAGCUCACCCCUGACAUCCAGAAGAGACGUUCUCAGCCUCUGCGUCCCAGCCUCCCUCCGAUCAGAGACACAAGUCCCAUGAAGCGGUCCGUGUCGCUGCUGGGGCAGGCGCAGUCCCCUGGGCCGCAGCUGGAUGACUACUCGCUGGAGAGGGUCAGCCCGGUCGGGGCCCCGAGGGCCCAGAGACGCAGCGUGCGACACCGCUACAGCGGGGAGUCGGUAGGGAGCAGUGGCUUCGUUGUCGGGGGUGACCGAGAGCGGACGACGAGAGGAGGAGGAGGCAAAGAGCAGCACACCGGCUCCCUGGUGGACAUGGACAUGGAGCGAGUGGCAAGGCCCAGACCUCGGCCGGGCCCUUGUGACCCCUCCAAGCAGCCCCUGGGCCCUGGCAUCCCUCCCACCUGUCCGGACCACCGCUCGCCAGAGCGUGGCAGGCAGACGAGUCGCUCACUGAGCGGCAGCCCCAUCCUGCUGUCCCCGGGGGGCUCCGUGACGCCCCGCAGGGGCCGCCGCCAGCUGCCGCAGACCCCGGCGACGCCGCGGCCCAACGUCAUGUACUCCCCGGCCCGUCGCGCGGCCAAGUCUGGCACGCCGCCGCCGACGACGACGCCUCGCGUCUCCUCGCUCGUCCUCGAGGGCUACUCGCCCCUGUCCUCUCCGCAUGCCUCCCAGCGCGGUCGCGGGGAGAUCUGCGGCGGGGAACAGGCCCCGGGGAACGUGUCUCCCCGUCUGAGAAGGGCGGCGGGGGCGACGGCGACGGCGGGGGCGACGGUGGGCGAGACGGCGUGCGGCGAUGACGCCAGCUCGACCGAGCGGCUGCUGGAAGGUAAACCGCAACUGCGGCAGCAGCAGCAGCACCGCAGGUGGCAACACCACGCCUCCGAUCCUUACCUUGACCUCUGCGUGGAUGAGCAGACGAGGGUGGGAAGGAGGGAGCGAGAUCGAGACAGAGAUAGGGGCGGGGGAGGCGGAGGUGGCGCGGCCUCAUCCAAGGCACCGGCCAGAGGGGCAGUGGGCGGGCAGCAGCAGCAGCAUCCAUGCCGUGCCGGGCCUGGCGUGGCGGGAGGCCGCAGGUUUCUCAACGGGAACCAUUUUGGCGCCGGGGCAGGAGGAGGAGAUGCGGCGGUGACGGUGGCGGCAACGGCGGCGGCGACGACGGUGGCGGUGACGGUGGAAGACAGCGGGGCCGGGGCGGCCGGCGGUCGGCACGGGACUGAGGGCGGCGGGGAUGGAUUUUGCGUGAGAGCCGGGGCGGUUUUGGGCAGUUCCGCGAGGAAACGAAACACAUUCAGCGAGACGGACGAAGACGACUGGUGCUAGCGAGGAAUGGGGGGGGGGGGGGGGGGUGCGUGCGCAAUCGCGCACAGCAGCCCUCCGGAGCUACCAAGUGAAGCGUCAACCAGUAGGGACACAGUAAUAAAAUAGAGUGACUUUAGUGGAAACAGUUGCAUGGCGGCUUUGAGAAGGACGGCAAAGUCUUGUUUUGUUUUUUAUUAUUCAUCUUCUACUUCCUCCUCCAGAUCUCGAGCUUGAUUUUCACGGUAACGUUGGUCAUGCCUUGGGUUUUUCAGCUCGUUCCGAAUUCAGUCGUGCCAUCGCUCCUCUCCGAUCGUCGACAAGCAUGCUUUAUUUGCAUUGCUGUUGUGCAAGAAUCUGACUGCCUUGUUCUGCCGAUCGAGUCCGCUUGUUUUGUGGUGGGUGCCAAGACCCCCUCCGUUAAAUCUACGCAUGCUGCAGAAAUGCUCCAAGGCGCUUUGUGGCCUUUGACGAAGGCUAUGCAACUGCGCGCCGUUUUGCAUGCUUUUGAGACGUGUGCGUGCGUGCGUGGGUGUGUGCGUGUGUAUGUAUUGGUGUUGCCACCCAGCCUUUUGCGGAGUACCCGCAGGAUUUGUAUUUCUUAAUCGAUUGAUUUAUAUAUAUACGGUUGUUUUAUAACGGGAAAAAAAAUCUGCUCCGCAAAUUUUAAACAGGUUUCCUCCCCGUCCCCCGUUUGUUACUGCAGUAUUCGCAAAAGUAACGCGUGGAGGAGAAGGCGACUUUAGUGACGCUCGGCUGGAUUUACAACAAAAAAUUGGGUGUGCGUUUUCGCCCGCGGGUUUUUGCGGGAGUCAGUCGCGCUACGGUCAGAGGUUGGCCCUUACCGUUUUGCGUGGGCAUGUUUACGUUUGUACCUUGUGCAGCGCUAAUCCUGCGAUGUUGGCCAAACCCUAACUCACGUUGCUACAUGGUUGAAAGCCUGGGCUUUCUGGGAUGUCGGACCGUGUAUAUUGAGCAUAUUGAUUCAUUUUGUUAUGGCGAUUGUCGUCUUUAUUACAUUUUUAAUGGAUAUUUAAUUUUUUUACCCUUCCUUUGCCAACUCGAGUUGCCAGUGCCAGGAUAAUUUAUCAACGGGCAAUACAUUUGAUAAAUGUUGUACAUUGUGUAAAGGACAGGAAAGCUACACUUUAAAUGUGGAUGAUUAAACGAGCACACCAAUGGGCGCUGCCGGUCAAAUGGUUUGACUUGAACAUGGUAUGCGUGUAAAGCGCAGAUGGUUUUCUAUGUUUAUUGGGGGUAAUUACUUUUGAAUUUAGGUGAAGUUUGUCAACAGCUUGCAAUAUGGGUUUUUCUUUUUGCAUUUAUUUUAUUCCAUCAAUAUGUAUUAGUGCAUAUGAUGUCCAGUAUGUUCUUUCGAAUGCCGAUUGUAUUUUUUUCGCAUUGUACGUAGCUUGCGUGAUUUUUAUUUACAUUCUGUAAAUUCGAACAAUUCCCAUCAUGAUAUCGCAUCACGUUGACUGUUACAGGAGGUAAAGUGGGCCACGGUGGUACACAUCGCUCAAAAGACCAAUGGACGAAAUUGGCCGCAGAUUGUCAACCAAAGCAUAGAACGUACCCCACAGUACGACCACCGCAGAGAUGGAUCCAUGAAAUCAGUUGAUGCGCUGGAGUGAGAUGGGACUGUGACGGAUGGAAAUGGUGUGGAGGGAGACCUUCGACCAGCAGUAGGUAGUCUAUGGUUGCUGAUGAUGAUGAUGAUUAAUAUUGUUUUCUAUACAUUUUUUCUCACAGAUCCUAUUUUAUAUUAUACAGGGCUUUUUUCUGUCACUUAAUAUUUUCUUUUUGGCACGGUAUAUUAUUGGGAAAGGGUCUGUGUAAAAACAGGAUAAUUUCAAGUAAAAUGUCUGUUUAGGUUAAAGCACUGUAUUGGUAAACCUGCAAAUACUGUGAUACUUAUCAGCGCUGUAUAAAAGUGUCAUAACAAGUGGUAUGCUAUGGAAAGCAGAAUGACUUAAUAGUGACGAUUGUUUUAAAGAAUGUAAUGGUGUUGUAUUGAUCUUAAUUAGUUCCCCAAAGCAAACACUCAGUUUUAAUCAACAAAUCAAUAAUGUUCUUUUGCAAUUGAGGCAAAUUGCAAAGAGUAUUAUAUAGCUUUAAAAUACUGUAAGAUUUCUCAGUGUUUUAGCAAUAUGCUCGGCUCAGUAAAAAAAUUACUGAAUGAUGGUAAUGUGGUAAAGUAGAGUUGAUGUUUAGCCGAGGGCGUUUUUCAUUCAACAUUAGUUCUGAAUAAAUUAAUUGCAGUGUUGAUAUAAAAAAAAAUUAAGAAAAAAUUUCUCAACUAUGGUUUAAAUGUCCACCAAGAAAACGGCCAAGCUUGGUCAUGUGACCCAUUCUGAAAGAUCAACGUUGGAUGCAAUCAGUGAACAGCCAGAGGCGGCGUUAAUUCCCGCACGGCAGCACGCACACAAAUAUUCGCUUUUAAAGAAAUGACAAUGUACACGCAGUACAUUGAAAAACAGAAUACCCCAGCGUUUACAAACGUGAUGUCGGUGUUUUUUUUGUUUGUAACAAAAUGAGUGUUUCACACGCAGGUUGCACGGUGGUUUGACGACCAAACUCAUGGGGAGGAGGGGUGGGGAGGCGGAUGGGUUUGGGCGUGCUGUCAAGUUUAAUUUUCAAAGCGCGCCUUCAUUCGAUUCGUGCGGCCAGCGUCAAGCCUCGCUCCUCGUUACCGGUCCGGACCGACGACGCUGCUGUUGCGUCGCUCAUUGAACCCUGUGCUUUUCUGCAACAAAUAUAUGCAUGUGAUGUGGUGCAUGCGAUAAAAAGGUGUGCUAUAACCCGCAACAGGCAGAGCGGGCAACUUGGAAGAAAACAAUUAACAAAUUCAAGAUUUGAUUUUACGUUAACCUCGUUUCUCGCAUCCAUCUUUGUGGAUUUUAUUGGGGGUUUCAUAUUGAGCAAAA